GGUUGCGCUUAGGGAGGCCUCGCUGGGCUCGGUUUUGCUGGGCUCGGCUUGGCGGGCAGGUGAGGGCCGGUGGUUUCCUGCGGCCGUGGGCUCUGAGCGGGGCUGUCUUUUCUGGGUACUUUUGUCUGGCAAAAAUGGGUGAACCUCAGCAAGUGAGUGCCCUUCCUCCGCCUCCAAUGCAAUAUAUAAAAGAAUAUACCGAUGAAAACAUCCGUAAAGGCCUGGCUCCAAAGCCACCUCCACCUGUGAAAGACAGUUAUAUGAUGUUUGGUAAUCAGUUUCAAUGUGAUGAUCUGAUUAUUCGACCCUUGGAGAGCCAGGGUAUUGAACGGUUGCAUCCUAUGCAGUUUGAUCACAAGAAAGAAUUAAGAAAACUUAAUAUGUCUAUCCUAGUCAACUUUUUGGACCUCUUGGAUAUCUUGAUAAGGAGUCCAGGGAGUAUAAAGCGAGAGGAGAAACUGGAAGACUUGAAACUGCUUUUUGUUCAUGUCCAUCAUCUUAUAAAUGAGUACCGCCCUCACCAAGCUAGGGAGACGCUGAGAGUGAUGAUGGAGGUGCAGAAACGUCAGCGUUUGGAAACAGCAGAGCGAUUUCAGAAGCACUUAGAGCGAGUUGUAGAGAUGAUUCAGAACUGCCUGGCUUCCUUGCCCGAUGAUCUGCCUCAUUCAGAGGGAGGACUGCGAGUGAAAGCAGAACCGAUGGAUACCGAUGAUGGCAGUAACUGUAUUGGACAGAGCGAAAAACAGAGAGAGUGUUCCGGUGGCAAGAGAGAUCAGGUUUUAGACAAAGAUGCGGCUAUGUGUAGCAUUAUUGAUGAAAUGACAUGAAGAAAACACUUUUGUUGGCUCACCAUAGUUAGAGGCAGAAUGCGUCCUGAGGGUAUACGUUGUAUUUUGUUUUGCUGUUGUAUAAGCAGACAAAGCAUUUAUUGUACGCCUGUUGGAGGUUGUGAGUGACUAGGCAGAUGAAAAUGUUUAAUAUUUUGCGAGCUGUGUGUUUAUCGGUAGAAACAAAAACCCCUUUUUAUUAAAUGUAAUCUGUGGCUUCCACGUCAUGUGAUAAAGUUACCUUUUUCUGUAGUACUUUUAUUUGUCACUUUCUGCUUUUUUGGAUGUGCCUUAUUUUUUUUCUUUUUUUAAUGGCUUUGUAGUGUGGAAGCAAGUAAGGGAUCUGACUAAAAGGAAUUGCAGUUGACAGUUCCUCCACUUCAAAUAAGUGCUAGUUUUUUACAAUGUCAGUGGGUCUGUUCAGGUAUGCGUAAUUCAAUACUAAAAAUAAAAUUAGUGUCAAGUCUGCAAAAUCUGUUUCUUUAUCUUUGUAAUGAUGUAACUGUACUAAAGAGAACUUAAGCAUUCCUUUAUUACAGAUGUAAUGUGGUCUGAUUUGCUUUAUAGAUACACACUGUCAGGAAUCUCAACAACUAAAUAAAUCAAAAUUUAUUGAAUUUUAA